CAAGAAGCACCACCAACGAAAUACGUGUAUAAUUAUUCACAGUCUGAUGACAGUCGUCAGAAAACGCCAAUGUGUCGCAUUGCCGAACUGGCACGGUACAAUAAGGUCUGUCGUUUUCGCUUCAGCUUGCUCUACGUGGCAAGUACAACGGUGAAUUAG